UUUGAGGUGUUACCGCGUGCGCACCGUAUCGUCUAUGGACAUUAGACACCAAAAUUACAGAGGCGAGGUGUGUGAGAGAAAGCCCGUUAAAAGAGUUGCAUGAUACUCAAUUUGGGUCUGAAAAUUCCCCUGUUUCUCAAUCAUCCGUUUCCGUCUCUUUUAGAUUUCAUUGUUAGAGAAUGAGUUUUUACCAAAGCCACAUUUGUGUGGAGGUGGAGAAAUAGGUGAGAUUUUAAAUGUCGUCAUCUGGGACUGAAUUUGAUCUUGGAAGCUGAUAUUUUGGUGCUCUUUGGGGAUUUCUUGAUUAUUCCGGGUCCUUCUUGAACUUCGUUUUUCAAUCAAAAUCUAUUUUUUAUUUUUUAUUUUUUAUUUUGUUGUCUCUGCGGUCUAGACUUUGUUAGGGUUUGGUUUAAUCAAAGACCUAAGAUAUCUUACUCUCUUGUCAAUUCUUGUUCUUCAGGAAUUGGUUGUUUAUCGUCAUAUCUAAAUUAAAUUCGUAUCGAAAUUUCCCUGUCAGAUUUAAACUCAUUCUUUAGUUCUGGUACUCGUUUCUCAGUUCUUGAGAAUUCCUGUUACUUAACAAAGAAAGAUUUGAAUUUUAAUGGCUAAUCCAACUCAACCUUCCGUUGGAUACUCUGUUACUGCCACUCCGCCAAACCCAGAUACAGCGUCACCUCAACCAGAGAAAAGCCCUAUCCCUCCUCCAAUUUCAUCUGCACCCCCCAGAUUUCCUCCACCAAAAUUACAGCAUGAUCCAAACGCUUCCCCUUCAAUUAGAACUCCAAAUAUGUUGUCGCCUGCAAAUGGGAUCAACAGUGGAAGCCCAAUUUCUCAUUUAAGCACUCCUCCUGGCCCUCCUGUCUUUACUUCACCAGUUAGGCCCGCUGCUGUGCCUUUCCGGACAUCUCCUGCAACUCCUCAGCCUGUUGCUUUCUCUUCAGGUUCAUCUUUGCCCACAUCUUCACCUUCCCAUUUCUCUAAUGGGUUGGUUGAGUUGCAGCAUCAAGUUCCAGACGUUAUUGAGGAGACAAUACCUUUUGGGGAAUCUUCAUGCGUUAUGUUUUCGGCUCGUAAGGUGUUGAAACAGAAGAAGCAAGCAAAUGUACCCAGUUUAGGUUUUGGGGCAGUAGUUUCUCCUGGGAGAGAGAUUUCUCCAUGUCCUCAAAUAAUACAACGUGAUCCUCAUCGCUGCCAUAAUUGCGGAGCAUAUGCAAACAUCUAUUGCAAGAUAUUACUUGGAUCUGGUCAGUGGCAAUGUGUAAUUUGCCAUAAUUUGAAUGGAAGUGAAGGUGAAUAUGUGGCUUCUAGCAAGGAAGAACUUCGUAAUUUCCCGGAACUAUCAUCGCCUAUUGUUGAUUUUGUUCAAACUGGGAACAACAGGCCCAGUUAUGUUCCUGUUUCUGAUUCCAGAACUUCUGCACCCAUUAUUCUUGUAAUAGAUGAAUGCUUAGAUGAACCUCACCUCCAGCAUCUACAGAGCUCUUUGCAUGCAUUUGUUGAAUCAAUUCCACCAAUGGCAAGAAUUGGCAUUAUAUUGUAUGGUAGGACUGUAUCAGUAUAUGAUUUUUCAGAGGAUUCAGUAGCAUCUGCUGAUGUGCUUCCUGGUGACAAAUCGCCAACUCAGGAGUCUUUAAAACCAUUGCUCUAUGGAGCUGGUGUUUACCUGUCACCGAUGCAUGCUUCAAAACAGGUAGCACAUGACAUAUUCUCAUCAUUGAGGCCAUACAAGUUGAGCAUACCAGAAGCUUCAAGAGAUCGUUGCCUGGGUACAGCAGUUGAGGUUGCCCUUUCUGUAAUUGAAGGGCCUACUGCAGAAAUGUCUCGAGGGGUAGUUAAAAGGGCAGGAGGUAACAGCAGAAUUAUUGUGUGUGCUGGUGGACCUAAUACAUAUGGCCCUGGAUCAGUACCUCAUUCUUUUAGUCACCCAAAUUAUCCUCAUAUGGAAAAGACAGCAUUGAAAUGGAUGGAGCUUCUGGGUCGUGAGGCUCAUCGAAACAAUACAGUGAUUGACAUUCUAUGUGCUGGUACUUGCCCUGUCAGAGUUCCGGUGUUGCAGCCUCUUGCAAAAGCUUCAGGGGGUGUGUUGGUUCUUCAUGAUGACUUUGGAGAAGCCUUUGGUGUGAACUUGCAAAGGGCAUCCACAAGGGAUGCAGGUUCUCAUGGUUUGCUGGAUAUUCGUUGUUCUGAUGAAAUUCUAGUUACUCAAAUUGUGGGUCCUGGUGAAGAGGCACAUUUAGACACUCAUGAAACCUUCAAAAAUGAUACCGCUGUUUCUAUUCAGAUGCUCAGUGUUGAAGAAACACAAAGUUUUGCAGUAUCCAUGGAAACUAAAGGAGACAUCAAGAUUGAUCAUGUUUUUUUCCAGUUUGCUAUUCAAUAUUCAAAUGUUUAUCAAGCUGAUAUUUCAAGAGUUGUUACUGUUAGAUUACCAACUGUGGAUAAUGUUUCAGCAUAUCUUGAGAGUGUGCAAGAUGAAGUUGUUGCGGUCCUCAUUGCGAAGAGGACCCUCUUGCGAGCCAAAAAUUAUUCUGAUGCAAUUGAUAUGCGAACGACUAUAGAUGAAAGAGUUAAAGACAUAGCUCUAAAAUUUGGAUCCCAAGUGCCAAAGUCAAAGCUUUAUCGGUUCCCCAAGGAACUCCCUGCUCUAUCAGAGAUCUUAUUUCAUCUUAGAAGGGGUCCGCUUUUAGGAGGCAUUAUUGGACAUGAAGAUGAGAGGUCUGUAUUACGGAGUUUGUUUCUGAAUGCAUCUUUUGAGCUGUCACUUCGUAUGGUUGCACCUCGCAGUCUAAUGCACCGGGAAGGAGGCACUUUUGAGGAGCUUCCAGCUCAUGACCUAGCUAUGCAGUCUGAUAAAGCAGUAGUACUUGACCAUGGCACAGAUGUCUUUAUUUGGUUGGGUGCAGAACUUGCUGCUGAUGAAGGAAGAAGUGCAGCCGCUUUAGCAGCUUGCAGAACAUUGGCUGAAGAACUAACUGAAUUUCGGUUUCCAGCUCCUCGAAUCCUUGCAUUCAAGGAAGGGAGCUCCCAGGCUCGGUAUUUUGUAUCACGGCUGAUUCCAGCACACAAGGAUCCUCCUUAUGAGCAGGAGGCAAGGUUUCCACAACUUCGAUCUUUGACAACAGAACAGCGGGCAAAGCUGAAAAGUAGCUUUCUUUUCUUUGAUGAUCCUAGCUUCUGUGAGUGGAUGCGGAGUUUGAGAGUUGUGCCACCAGAACCAAGCUAAGUAACUGUGUAAAUUUUAGUGGCUGAUGUUCCUUCAAGAGGGAAGCGUGGGAGCUGCCGUACAAUGACAGUGCAAAUCUUUCGUCUCCUCUCCUUUCCUUUUCAUUUUGGCCCCUGGUAAAGAGAAUGUAACUUUGAUGACAACUAUUGAUAUCAUCUCACCUUUUUCUUUCUCUUGUAAUUUUUUUAAAGAACAUUUAUAUUCUGAUCAAAGUCCAAAAAGUAUAAAAUUGGUUCAUCACAUACUGUUACUUAGUCAGACUGGUGCAAAUGCAAUGGAGAGUGUAAUUGUAUACUAGAAAAAGUGACUCUAGUUCAAUGUUUUUUAUUACUAGUAUGUGGCUGAUGGUAAUUCUGUCAUUCGUGUGGCUUAGAUUGGUACUUGGGUUGGGCUGCUCUGUGUUUUGAUAAUGAAAAGGAAUACGAUGAAAUGUAGUGUGGGAGUGGAUAUUGAUUUUGAAAGUGAAUGCAAUAAGAAAUUUGCAAUGGGCA